AGGACUGGGAGGAUGACCGAGCAGCAGGGGGCCCCACAGCAGCUGGCUGCAGGGAAGAGCCAGGGAGGAGCUGGGGCGUCCUAUAAGGUGGUGCUGUUUCAGUUUGAAAAUUUCCAGGGCAAAAAGGCAGAGUUUUCAUCUGAGUGUAAAGAUGUGAAUGAGAAAGGCCUGGAAAAGGUUGCAUCGGUGAUUGUGGAGUCAGGCCCCUGGGUUGCCUAUGAUCGCCAUGGUUUCAAAGGGGAGCAGUUCAUUUUGGAGAAAGGUGAAUAUCCACGCUGGGACACUUGGACCAAUAGUCAGAACAGCCAAUUCCUGCUCUCACUCAGACCUCUCAAUGUGGACAGUGCUGAACACAAGCUCCACCUGUUUGAAAACCCCGGAUUUUCUGGGCAGAAGAUUGAGGUGGUUGAUGAUGAUGUACCCAGUCUUUGGGGACUUGGAUUCAAAGAUCGAGUAGCAAGUGUAAAGGCCCUCAAUGGAACAUGGGUUGGCUACCAGUAUCCUGGCUAUAGGGGACGCCAGUUUGUCUUUGAGCGUGGAGAUUUCAAGCAUUGGAACGACUGGGAAUCGCCCACCCCACAGAUCCAGUCGGUGCGGCGCGUGCGAGACAUGCAGUGGCACAAGAGGGGCUGCUUCAUCCCUCUGGACCCCUCCCCUGCUCCUGUCCCAGAUCCUGACCCCACCCCCGUCCUGCCCCCUGCACCCUCUACCAAAGCAGGACACCCCUAA